AUGCGCUUGCUCAAUAUCUUGACCAUCGCAACCUGCGCCAGCGCCCUCGUCAUCGUUAAAGAUCCGCAAAAGCUCACAGAGGAGCAGGAAAAGGCGCUUGCGGCCAUCACGGUGCAGGACGACGCCAAGCCCAACAACCCUGAACCUCCCAAAGAUGAUCCAAAGCCAAAGGACGAGCCCCCAAAACCUGAACCUCCAAAAGAUGAGCCAAAACCAAAAGACGAGCCCAAGAAGGAACCACCAAAACCCGAACCUCCAAAAGAGGCCCCGAAACCUGAACCUCCCAAGGAAGCCCCCAAGCCCAAAGACGAGCCCAAGAAGAGCAACCUGAGCGACGACCAGCAAAAGGCCCUGGACGCGCACAACGCGGCGCGCGCCGAGGUCAAGGACGGCCAGAAGCGGGACCCGAUGCAGUGGGACAAGGGCCUCGAGGACGCGGCGCGCAAGUGGGCCAAGCACCUGGCGGACCGGAACCAGGGGCUCGAGCACGCCAAGGACCGCGACGGCAAGGGCGAGAACCUCGCCGGGCGCAUCAUGGACGGCGACGCCAUGGCCAAGGCCUCCAAGAUGUGGAUCGACGAGAAGAAGGACUACAAGUGCGGCGUCAAGAUACAGACCUACCUGGACAAUGGCAACUUUGGCAAGAUAGGCCACUACACCCAGGUCAUCUGGCCAAAGACCACUAAGAUUGGCAUCGCCGUCGAGGGUGGUUUCGUUGUCGCGAGGUAUAGCGACGCGGGAAACAUAGUUGGCGACGAGGACGAUGCAUAUGCGCUACUUCGCGAGCAGGUGCUGUGGGAGGCCGAGAUGAGGGACCGCGCAGACCUGGUCAUCGUGCAGUUUGCCGCCUCGUCGUGGCAAUGA